AUGGGAGAUUCAAAGAAUCCGAGAGAGACAGCGGGGUGUAUUUCUCUGUUAACUUUUUCCUGGAUGAGCAAUGUUUUAAAACUGGGAAAUCAGCAGCCUCUAGAGGAGAAACACAUUUUUCCACUUGAACCAACUUUUCGGGCAGAGCAGCUGGUUGAAGCUUUAGAAAGGGAGUGGCUCGCAGAAGACCGGACAGCUGAACAGAACGGAAAAAAGCCUCGCCUUUGGAGAGCUAUGUUGAGAAUUUUUUUGUGCAGGGAGUACAUUGUUGUGGCGAUGUUGAGAAUUUUGUUUUCUUUUGCAAUGAACCUUCUCCCUCUGGCACUUUGGUUCUUCUUGAAAAACAUUUCUUCAAGCUCCGGAACCACAAAUUACACUUCCACUUUGCCCUUUAUGUUUUGCAUAACCGUGAUCUCGCUUGCACGCGCUAUGUUCAUUAACCACGGUGCAUUCAAGGUCGAAAUGAUGGCUUAUAAAUUAAAAGUUGCAGUGAUUGGGCUGGUUUAUAAAAAGGUAUUGCAAUGACUUUAUCUUAGGGUACACCAAUUACCACGGAUACCUCUCUCACAAACAGUUUCUAAUACAGAAUUUCAAAUAAUACAGUCAACUCGAUGGUGUAGACAAUCUUUGAUGGGCUGAGUAGCUAAUACAGUAAAAAUCCGCGACUAAGAACAUACAUUUAAACUGCAGAGGGUCUUAAGUUUUAACUGACAUUCUCCUGUAGCUAUCUAUCUACAUGGGAGGGGAGGGAGAGAGGGAAUGACCAAUGAAAAUAAUCGAUAUGUGUAUGUGCCUUACUUUAACGAUGACUAUCCUGCGUGGCAAGAUCAAAAACUCGAAAGGCAAAACGACAUGGGGCCUUUACGUUUUCUGUCCUUCUCCCCUCCCAUUAUACGCCUGCUACCCAGGUUAGCGAAACGAUAAGUUUCAUUUUCCGCCAGUUGGUCGGACGAUUUGGAUAAAAGAGGUCAGUUUAUAAAAAUUGGAGGUAAACCUGUCUCAUGGAUCAAGAAAAGUAAUAUGCCUCAAGGGAUUUAAGGCCUGGAUCAAAGGUGUGUUCGGAGCAUAUGAAUGAUUGGCAAUAUCUCUAACUAAAGGAAUGAAUGUACGCGAAGUUAGAAUAAAAGUUUUAAAUAAUUCAAGAUAAAAUUUGGGCAUUUAGAAUUAUGUUUUCCCUAAUAAUUUCUUAUUGAUGUACAAUGGACGGUCAUUCCAAACGUGUUAGAAAUAUUUGAUAUGAAGCAGAGGAACGUUAUUGCUCGAUUUCCUUUCUUAAACCGGCCGCCAAUUGGUCAGUAAUUUACGAUUUUUUGCAACAUGGUCAAGUGACAUAUCACGUGACUUAUUAACACAAUAUUUUGAUUCAGCGCCAUAAACCAUGCCGAAGUUAAAGCCAGUAAAUCAUUUUCCACAUGUAAACCUCUUAGUCCCAGGCCUUAAACUACUUUGAGCACAAGGGAAAGUCAAUAUGCUAGAUAAGUGUGGCCUAAAAGUAGUCGUAUCUGAGCUUAUUGGAAACCCCUGAAUUACGCAUAAAAUCUUUCUCAUCAAUAAGUACAGAAUUAUAUACAUUGUAAAUCAAAGCAAUUUUGUUUCUGUCUUUUUUUAGAUUCUUUCACUUAAUAGAUGUGCCUUAGAAAACAACAUUUCUGAAAACACUAUCAAUCUCGUUUCCAACGAUGCCGUGCUUAUUGGGGAUGUGGGGUAUGAAGCUCAAGGUUUCCUGUUUGUUGCCGUGGACAUUGUCGUCGCUUUGUUCUUUCUGUGGUAUUUAGUCGCAUGGCAAGCCUUAGUGGGAGUUGGUUUCCUCGUUCUUGUUUCUGUUUAUGGAUCACUUGCAGCAUCUAAGUCCGGGAGGAUUCGCAAAAAAGUUGCGGCACAGACGGAUAAGAGACUGGAGAUAAUGAAAGAGAUUGUUUCUGGAAUCCGUGUGGUGAAAAUGUACGCUUGGGAGAGGAACUUCAGGGAUCUGGUAGCACAAAUAAGACGGUUUGUUCAUAUACAUUUCCUGUCCUUUUAUUGUUGUCUUUUUUUUUUUUCUUUCUUUUCAUGCAUAAAGGACAAACUGGUUGCAGGCUCAAGGCUAUAUCCAUCUCCUAUAACUUUAACUAGCAACCCUGAUGAAUUUCUCCAGUUUUCUUCUAAGUAUCGUGCGAUCAACAAGACAGUACAGCCUAGCUGUACCAGGAUCAUAGGUUUAUAUUUUAAGUUCCAAUUCCUUACUUCUUUGCAGUAAAAGAAAGGCACAAAAAAAAUCUUGUCAUGGAUUUUGUUGGCUUUGUUUUAAGUAUAGAAAAUAUUUUGCAGGAAAGAGAUUUCUCUCAUUCGGAUCCGAGGAUUUCUCCUGUCAAGUAUCCACGCCCUGUUCUUUACAAGCCAUACUGUUACUGGGUUCAUCUCAAUCUUGGCACUGCUUCUCACGGGACACUCCUUGUCAACAUUCCAAGUGUUCACGUUGCUUUCUGUCUUAACUAACAUUAAAUUCUUCGUAACUGUUAAUAUUGGGGAAGGUUUACAUCGUCUUGCACUCGCAAGAACUGCAUGCAAUAGAAUACAGAGGUUUAUCUCAAGGAAGUCCGCAUUGGCACCCAAUCACUUAGAAAGAUACGACAAAGACGGAAAAAACAAUUCACAGUUCUUCAGUUUGGUGACCUUAAGACCCGCAAAAUCUGUCCAUAGUAGUGCACCUAAACCGGACGAAACAUCGGAACUCUUUCAGCCACAGGUUGUUCUUGAAGACGUUUCAAGCUUUUGGAACGACUCAUCACAUCGCUUAGCAUUACAAAACGUUUCACUGCAAGCUACCAGUGGGCAACUUGUGGGAAUAACUGGACCAGUUGGGAGUGGCAAAACGUCUUUAUUGAUGACCAUCUUAGGAGAACUUCCAAUAUCAUCUGGUCAGAGCUCUUGCUUUGGCAAAAUGGCUUACGUCUCCCAGACACCUUGGGUGUAUUCUGGCACCGUGAGAGAGAAUAUAGUCUUUGGUAUACCGUUCAUGGAAGAAAAGUACUUCAAAAUUGUGGAGGUCUGUGACCUGGCAAAAGAUCUAUCAAGCUUCCCGAAAGGUGAUCUAACUGAGAUUGGACAGCGGGGAGUAAUCCUGAGUGGUGGUCAGCGUGCACGAGUGAGUCUGGCACGCGCACUUUACUCGGACGCGGACAUCUUUUUACUUGAUGAUCCACUCAGUGCAGUGGAUGCCAAAGUCGGCAAACACUUGUUUGACAGGUGCAUCAAAGAGUUCUUAGCUGGGCGAGUUCGUAUUCUGGUCACUCAUCACCUACAGUUCCUUCAACAUGCAGACAACGUUGUUAUCCUUCAAAAUGGUUCCGUUGAGUACCAAGGUGGCUACUCUCAAAUGGACCAGAAGAAGCUAGGGAAUGAUUUUAUUGUACCUCAAGGAAAACAAGAAGAAGGCAAAAAUAGUACAAUUACAGGUCUCGGUGAGGACAAAAGGGCCAGGAAAGCAAGUUCCGUCGAUGAAUAUCAGGAAAGACUAGAUCUUGCAGAAGAGAAAGAAGACAGGAUGGUAGGAACUGUCAAGUGGCAGUUGUAUUGGAAAUACUUUAGGGCUGCCCUUCCAGUUACUUUCAUUGUUGCCCUCGUUCUGUUUUUCGCGAUUGUCCAAGGUUAGUAAAUUCGAUUAAGAUUCAACUUAGACUUCGAGGGCUCACUCUUGCACAUUAAAUUAUUUUUCAAACAAGGACAUUUACCGACUAGAUCAGGCUAAAUAGCAAUUGAUUUUUUCAGUUCAGAGACAAAUGAGUUCAAGGAAAUGUUUGACUGUACUUCACCAGCUGUGAGGCAAAAGUAUUCGUGCAUCUUUAGUUCUCAUCAGAAUGUAACAAAAUGACUAAAUACAGAUAUUCGAGACUGACUGCAUGAGAUGUUUUCUUGUAGUUGCGUGGAUCGCGCCCUAUUGGUGGAUUUCAUCAAUGACAAAGAUGUCACAACAAGAACAGAAGAACUACGUCACACUACUGAUAUAUGGAUCCAUCGUCACGAUGUCCUUGCUUCUUACAGUUGUAUCCUCCUUUUGCUUCUAUCUUGCCGCUUUAAAGGCUUCAGAAAACCUUCACGACGAGAUGACCAAAGCAGUUAUUCAGGCACCCGUCCUAUUCUUUGACACAAAUCCAGUUGGUCGCAUCUUAAAUCGUUUUUCUAAAGACAUUGGCGGUAUGGAUGACUUUCUGCCACCUCAGUUUCUCUUGGCAGUUCAGUUAUGGCUAUAUUUCUUUAGUGCCACAAUUCUUUCAGCUGUCGUAAAUGCCUGGUUGUUUAUUACUUGUGCUCCGUUAACCCUGCUGUUCAUUUAUCUUGCAAAAUACUACUUGAAUUCCUCUCGGGAGAUCAGGAGGCUUGAAGCAAUAACAUGCAGUCCAGUUUACUCUCUUAUUGCUGAUACCGCAACAGGACUCGAAGUAAUUCGCUCGUCAGGGAUGGGAAGUGAAUUCCUCCAAAAAUUUUACAAGUUAGUAGUUACCUUUGUGUUUCUUUCCAACCGUUUAUGGGUAGUUUUAUACCAGGCAGAAUAUAACCUAAGUAAAGAGCAAAUUCGUUUCGAAACGACGAUCCUUUUUUCAAGCGUUUGUCUUAUUCUCUUCAUCAUUUUUGGUUAGAACACGAGGGUUUGAAAGAAAUUGUUUCAAAGAACACGAGGUGCUUUUUAAUUGCUUUAAGAGCAGAGGAAUGUGGAAAGAUUAGAAAUUGUUUUUGUCAUUUUGUCAAAGAAUCAGUAAACCGCUGUCGCAGCAAUGACGAACCGAUCGAGAUGCAUGACUUUUAAUUGUUUUAUGAUUAUUUAACUAAUUUACAUAUUCUCUGUGAUAACCAGUUCGGCUUCAGGAAAAACCAGACGGAAUUGUGGAACAGAUUAGCCGAUCGAGAUUCACGAUUAUUUGUCAUUUUGUCACGCAACAGACUUCAAUUUGUAGAAUACAAUGGUUAUGUUUCUUAUCAAAAAUGUUUUCCCCAAGGUUCAAACCGCUAUAAUCAACACGUCAACAAUAUUUUCAAACGUAAACCAUGUGACGAGCCGAACUAAAUAAGUUGUUUCAUUAAACUCAAAUUCAUUGCGAUAAACUAUUCAACUUUUAAUUAAUAGAUUGAUCGAAACAGUUUUCCUGGAAUCAUGGACGAAAAUUUAAAUUGGAAAUCUGAAAUCUCACAUGUCGCCAAUAAAGUUUCUAAAUGAGAUCAUCAAAAUCCAGUUUCUAUUUAUCCACGGGUUCAACACUGUUAGUUUGGGCCUCUAAUUAAAACCCAGCAAAACCACUCCAACAUGUUCUUAAAAUUUCAUGAUAUAUACUUAAUACAACUAGGCUUAUUCAUGCAGGGUAUAAUACAAGAAACGUGAUUUCAAAGACGUAGAAAUGAAAACGUUCAACAUUUGUACAUGUAAACCCCGUAAUAAAAUUUUUCAUCUUCCCGAAUUUUUACGGUUGGUCCCGCUCUAUAGUUUCUUUUAGGCCUCCUCGCCUUCUCUUCCUACUUUUUUUUUUUUUUCUUUUGGCAUCUUUAAGUAAUGUAAUUGUGUGGCAAAUAAAUAAAAAUACCUAAAAAUACCAACCUAAUCCAACAUGUUCAAUUUCAAAGAAGUCAAAAACAUAAUGACUAAAAAUAUGACUAAAAAUAUGGGCUCAGAGCAAAGAGUAUUGCGGGGCAAGAGAUUUCGACGUUUUCCCAACGUUCUCCUCAGUCUAGCUAUCAAAUUCACUGGUCACGUGAUUCUAUAGCACCGUGAACAAGUGUAGCUCUGGGCCUCAUCGCUUUUCAAAGCUGGUCUUACUUUUUUAAUAUGUACGAAGUGCCUCCUUAACCUGGUGUUUGUAUUUGUGGACUCUAGGCGAUCAUUUUUAUAAUACUAUUACGUACAGUGUAUUCAGAAACAGGUAAAUAAUCUUUGAGUAAAUGGGAUUUGUUGGGUGGCGAAGGAAGAACUCUCGUCAUUAUUUGUGUAAUCAAAUCAGUACAGACCAUAUUACUAUAACUUAUUUUACAGAUAUCAAGACAAAAACACAUCAGCUAUGAUAAUGAGAAGCGCAGCGGGAAACUGGCUUGCUUUACGAGGAGAGCUACUAAGUAAUUUUCUUGUGACUUCUGUAUCAGCUGGAGCUCUAUUUGCCACGCAAAGCCGAGGUGAGUGGCGUUUUUAUGAACUGUUUUGCCUCUCCUCAAGGGAGGUGGAGCGGAAGUAGGAAAAAGAAGUUGUUUUCUAUACCAAACCACUCCCAACACACACCUUCUAAAUUGCUUCCACUCUGCCGAGGGCUAUUCUACCUCAUUCUUGAGUAUGAGUCUAUUUCAGAAAGUUUGUAAUGAAGUGUGAAGCGCACCAAGCGCUCUGCAGGCUCAUGACGGUAUUAUAACAAUUACAUUUUACCAUCCAGCUGAUAGUUAUAGUUCUGCAACCUACUAAGAUGAGAAACUGAACAUGCAUAUCAACAGUGAACGUAAAUUGCAAUAUAUAGCAAACGUUUCAAGGGGAAACUCUCUUUCAGAAUAUAGCACGAUUUUCAGGAGAUUUUCCUUUGUGUAGGAAUUUUUGAGGUUAAGUGAAAACAACCAAUCACACACAUUCAAUCAGCUUAGGGAAAUGAAUAAAACUUGUGAUGGCACAUUCAAUACGUAAAUAAAUAAAUCAAAUAAAUAAAUAAAUAGAUAAUGAUUUAGAGGUAGCACAUCCACAAAGUGGAUCUUCGUUUACCUGAUUCCUGGCCGAAUUGGAAUUUGGAACUGUUGUUUUUUGAUGAGAGGGGAAAACCGGAGUACCCGGAGAAAAACCUCUCGGAGCAAAGGAGAGAACCAACAACAAACUCAACCCACAUAUGGCUCGAUGCCGGGAUUUGAACCCAGGCCACAUUGGUGGGAGGCGAGCGCUCUCAACAUUGCGCCAUCCCUUGCUCCCAAGGUCUUUGCCAUGUGAUUUUCUAUGACCUUUCAAUGUGCAGCCUUCAAAACUAACUGUCAAUACCUUGGUUGCAGCGCUGGCAGGCAUGUCCCUGACAUAUGCAUUGGACACUCUCGGAACCUCGCAAUACGGAAUCCUAGUCGCAUCAGAGACAGAAAAUCUCAUGACCUCAGUGGAAAGAGUGUUCACCUACACUAAAAUCGAUCCAGAGCCUGGGUACCUUACGGACACCCAGCCUCCUGAAGACUGGCCGAAAACAGGCUCCUUGACAUUACGUGACCUGUCAUUAGCAUACUUAAAAGGGGCUCCGAGAAUUUUGGACGACAUAAACGUUAGCGUCGCUGCUAAGGAGAAAGUUGGUGUGGUAGGUCGCACGGGAGCUGGAAAAUCGUCUUUGGUGGCUGCUUUGUUUCGAAUGCCAGAGCCUGAAGGCAACGUAAGAAUGAUAAUUUUUGUUAUUAGUUCCCUGUCUUCUGAUUUGUGCGCGCUCGCGAUCGGUCGCGAGAGACUUGCACGGCAAGAAGGAGAAUACUUUGGACGAGUCAAAUUAUUUCUAUUUUCCAUUGUAAUAUACCAUUGCUGUAUUGUUAUUACUGUACGGAGGGCUGUUUUUUUUUUCUCUCUUCCUUGGAGACAUUAUAUAUGAGACCAUUUCGACAUCUUGAAGGGGUUACUUUUGGGUUUCUGUUCGAGGCCACCCCUCCCCCCUCCCCUCCCCUUGUUACUGUAAUUCCUUAUUUCAGACGCUUUUCGACGUAAUGGAAAUUGCCAACUGGAUCGCCCAUCGGUAGCCUGGAUUUAAAGCAAUUUCUACUUUGUCCAUUUCUUUCAAUGGCCUGUCGCAUCCGAAGUCAUCAUAAACGUACUGGAUGCCUUGACAUUGCAGAAAAUUUAAUUUGUUUACUGAUAAUUCAAAUUAAAGUAAAUCCGGCUGUGCGAGACGUUUGUUUGGCAUCCCUUAAACGCAUUGAAAUCGUGGUUAUUUUGACGUCGCUUUGUAAGCAACACCCUCAGUUCCAACUCAGGUGAAUGUUUGUGUUAAUACAGGUGAUCAUAGAUGGUGUAAACAUCAGAGAUCUCAAUCUACAGGCGGCUCGAAGGUCUAUGGCCGUAAUAACUCAGGAUCCUGUCCUCUUCAGCGGAAGCCUCAGAAGAAACCUAGAUCCGUUCUCUUUGUACAAGGAUCACGAUCUCUGGAGUGCUUUGGAAGAAGUACAGUUAAAUACUCUAGUUCAGAAAUUACCUGAGCAGCUAGAGUACAAGUUAAGGGAGUCUGGGAGCAACUUCAGUGUGGGCGAGCGCCAACUGGUCUGCUUGGCACGUGCACUGUUGCAGAAAAGCAAGAUUAUAAUACUGGACGAAGCCACUGCCAAUGUGGAUUACAAAACAGACCGUCUGAUUCAAGAAGUUGUACGUAACAGACUUAAAGAUUCUACCGUAAUAACCAUUGCCCAUCGCUUGAACACCAUCAUGGACUAUGAUAAAGUAUUAGUUAUGCAUCAGGGACGGAUGGUGGAGUUUGAUAAACCUGACACUUUGCUUCAGAACAGCGAUGGAUAUUUUUCUCGCCUUGUUCAGAAUCACAACAUGGCAACGGCUAAAUGAGCAUGCCAAAACUUAUGACGAUCAUCUCGAAAGUACUGUCCUCUUUGGAAACCUUAAAAAACGAGCAGUAUAGCUCUGCCCUAAAGUGAGGCUAUCGAAUUUAUUAUCAUCUUACUUAAAGUUCUCAUUUCCGCAGUCUUUCAAGUGGAUUUCAAGUACUUUUUAAUCAAAUCUUGAUCAGAUAAAAGAAAAUCUCAUACAAUUUUGACACCUUUUUCCGAAAGAAUAUAAACUUUUCGCUUUGCAUUCGGUUAGCCUUAAAGAAAUGCAAAAUGAUAUUUAAUACGUUAACCUUAAUCAGUUGAUAGUUACAACAUUUAGGCUUAGGAACACUCAAUUCCCGCCAAUUUUUUUUCACUUUAUUGUCCAACCUUUUUAAGCGCGCUGAAUCCCUAACAUCUCUUCGGCGCCUGUUUGCAGGCUAUAGUCACUGAAAACAGUAAACCCAACUCACCCCUUGCGUUUUCAUUUUUGGUUUGGUGCAAAUUCCUGAUUCCUGAUACUGCAGUAUUCCCUUCUUAACCCUUCUUAAGUCCCAAUAGUGACCAACCAGUGGCAGAUCCGGACAUUGAGAUAAGGGGGAGGCCCUGUCAUCCAGACCCUGAGAUAAUGGGAAUGCCCAGCCUCGGAAAAAAAAUUUUCGGCGCUUUGGCCUCAGCUUGGUUUAAAAGUAAGGGGUAGGCCCAGGCCCCUCCCCUAGAUGUGCCACUGACCAACAUCAAUUUUCUCCUAAUGAUAUCCAUAGAUUGUCAAGAGCAAAGUCUAUGAGAAUUAAUAAAAUGAUCACAAAGAAAAAAAUCUUUGAUAUUUUGUCAAAUUCUCUCAACUAAUUCAAAUGUAUGGAGAUCAGUUUGGAGAAUUUGUAUGUGGAUAUUGGUUAGGGAGGUAAAAAAAGCAGUAGCCCAGGAAUUCAGGUAAAUGUGGUAUUGGAAAUGAUUUUAUGUGCAUCAAACCAUUAGUUAUCUAAAUACAAUAAUCUACAUAGUAAAGCCACUAGUACAGGGUCCCUCCUCGCAAAGUCCCACAGGGUUCGCUGACGGUACCUGCCAAGUAUAAUUGAAUCUCUGAUAUAAUUCUAAAAUCAUUCUAGGGAAAGGCAAAUAAAUGAUUGAUUAAUCUGUGGUUGAAUAGGUUAUGUCACCUUACCUUAGUUCUUCCCUGUAUGGAACUUUGUCACCAACAUUAAGCAAGUAAGGCCCUGAAAUACAAUGAGGCUCCUGUAUCCCUACUAUGCUCUUCAGCAGCAUGUUAAAACGCUAUAUUAUAGUCUAUAGGAAAGCAGAGGAUUGAGGCUCCUGUAUCCCCACUAAGCCUUUCAGCAGCACGUUUACAGGCUACAGUCUAUAGGAAAGGGGAGAAGUGAGGCUCCUGUAUCCAUAUUAUGCUCUUCGGCAGCAUGUUUACAGGCUAUAGUCUAUUAUAGGAAAGGGAGAAGUAACGCUCCUGUGUCCACACUAUGCUCUUUGGCAGCAUAUUUGCAGGCAUAUAGUCUAUUAACUAUAGGAAAGGGAAGGAUUGAGGCUCCUGUAUCCAUACUAUGCUCUUUGGCAGUGUGUUUACAGGUUAUAGUCUAUAGGAAAGGGGAGGAGUGAGGUUCCUGUAUCCAUAUUAUGCUCUUCGGCAGCAUGUUUACAGGCUAUAAUCUAAAGGAAAGGGGAGCAGUGAGGCUACUGUAUCCCUACUGUGCUCUUCUACAGCAUGUUUACAGGCUAUAGCAACUGAAAACAGUAAAACAAACUCAUUUCUUGUUUAUUUUGUUUGCUUGGAUGUAAUUUUUUGAUUGCAGAUAAUGCUGUGAAUUUCCCUCAUUAGCCCUUAAAGCACCAGUAUCCAUGUACAAAUUUUCCACACUGAUUUCCAUACAUCAGUUAGGAGAAUUUGUUAAAAGAUCAAAGCAUUUCCCCUUAGGUAAUUAUUUCAUUAAUUCUUAUCACCUUUUCUUUUGAUUAUUUAUUGCUAUUGUUAAGUGAAAAUUGACUUCGGUCAGUAUUAAGGAAGUAGGUACAGUAACAACAGUUGUAUCCCCCAAGGCAUGCACUUAUUCAGGAAAAUGCAGUAUUCGAGAAAUGAUUUCAUAGUGUGCUCCAUACCAUUAGUUUAAUACAUGAUCUACACAUAUCAUUAUUAUUACUGUAAACUCGUCCAGAGUCCAUACGCAUAAAGCCCCACAGGGUUUGCUGAGAGCUCCUGUCCAUUAUUUUUAAAUAUUUGAUAUAUUUUCUAUUGUCAGUUUAAGGAAAAGCAAAUCAAUGCUUGAUUAAUUGAUUGAUUGAUUGGUAUUUUGUGUCUUUGAGGAUAGAAGUGGAUGCAAGUGCUUCCUUACUUUAGCACUUGACUGCCUUGAAAAUAAAAUUUAUGAUAUUUUUUAGUUUCUUGGACCUUAAAUUUGACCACUCCACCUGAAACGUGGUCAUUUUUAAUUAUCAUGAUCCGAGACCACAUUCGCCCCACCUCCCCUGGUGGUGGUUGACAACUUCAGUGUUUAUCCUUGUUGCAUUGGCAGUUGUGGACUUUUCCCAUGUAAACUUAAUAUUAUGCAGUGAGUAUACCUGCCAACUUUUUUUAAUUUAUAGGCAUGAAAUUUAAAUCCUGAGAGUGCCAAGAGUUUUUGUAGGGUCCAAUAAUAUCCACAAAAUGUCUGAAGACAUUGCGGAGACAUUCCAAAGAGUUCAGUACACGAACAAGGAAACACGAAGGAGCACAACCUCGUGUCCAUUGACUUUCCCUACUAAAGUGAGAGAAUUUGGAAAAAAGUCCAUCAUUCACAUGGACUUUUCUUUUUUCUCAUUGGUUCCAGAUUCUUUAUAAUUAAUAUAUUUUUCAAAAUGUGUCAGUUAACUCUGUAAUGGCUCAAACUUUUCUACAAGGCAUGAGAAAUAAUGUGUGUUCCAAUUAUUGGAACACAGGCGUGAGUAGGUGUGAGAACAAAGUUUUUGAUCCGCAGGCGUGACAAUCACACCCACUUGGUGGGUAUAGGUGAGGUAAUGAGUAUGCAUUGAGGAUAUGUUACAACUUUAAAAGCUUCAUUUACAUUUGUAUAAACAAAAUACACCCAUGUGAAGUCCUGUGAAAGUUUGGUUUGAUGAAUGAUGGCUGUUCUGCUUUUUUAAUAAUAUAUGUAUGCCAUGUCUUUUCCAAUAGUCAAAAUCUUUCAUCAAUACUUUUUUUAUAUAUAUUUUAGGGCAUUAUUUGCUUAUGAAAAACCCAAAUAAUCACAUUCAAUAUUGGUCAGAAAAGCCUAGGAAAACCAAGUUCUCCUCAUAGCAAAAUUAUUUAAGGAGUUUAAAAUGACUUAAAACGAACCCAUAAUUAUGUCAAAAAUUAAUUACAACAUUGCUGCCUGUUACCUUUUUGAAGUAUACCAUUUCAAAUUAGAAUCACACAAAACUGCAGUUUUUUUACACACUAUAAAAAAAGGCAAAGGGAACAUGCCCUAGUUUCAUCCCUACAUGUUGAGAAACUUCCAUGUUGUGCACUUUCAAAUAUAAUGCACAUCAGUUUUGGCUUGUCCAGGGGGUAGACCCCUAGGCCAACCAGGGAAUAUGUCGGGGAAUACAGGGGAAUAGAUUAAAUUCUCUGCCCCUGGGUAGGGGAAAAUUCACAACAUUGUUUUAGUUCAAAGGGGUGGGGGAAUUGCAAAUUUUGUAAAAUUGUGGAUAGUAACCACAGGGAUAUCACAGGGAUUGACGCAAAAAAAGGUUUUAUAAAAGGAGAAACAUUACGUCUUUUAAGAACUAACUCAGAGAGAGAAAACUUUGAGCAAAGCAACCAAGACCUUGAAUGAGGCUACCCUGUAGUGCUUGUUCAAGAAAUAUGGACUGAAGUUAAGUUCACUGACAGAAACAAUGCUCUUUGCAACAAAACAAAACAAACAAAAGAGACUUUACCAUUUGUUACUACCUACAAAUCUACAAUCCGGCCACACCAAAACUCAAAAAGACUCUCAUAAACCACUGGGCCAUCAAUCAACAGCAACCUAAGCUUAAACAUAUCUUUAACCAGCCACCAAUUGUCUCCUACAGGAAGGAAAAAUCUCUCAAGGACAUUCUAGUCCAGGCGAAAAUUCCUCCAAUCUCGCAACAAUCAUAAAAUCAACAAAGCGGUUAAAAUCAAACUAGAACUUGGCAAUUUGCAUACGAUCACUUAACUGACCCCUAAAAAUGGCAAUCAUGCAUCCAUUCAUUUAUUGCAAAACCACCGGGUCAAUAUAUUUUCAGAUCUCUUACACCUAUCACUGAUCAUUCUUAUUUCAAGACAAACAUAGAAGCUGAGGACUGGCAGACUUAAUAAAAAUUAAAAAAUUCAUACGUAAAUGAAAUACAAUGAAUAACUGCAAUUUUUGAGAAUCAUGAGGUAGAUUAUUUCAGGUCAUCUUAAGUAGUCCAUGGAGGAACUAUCAGUCUCUCCUAACCUCAGUGAAUUUGUCUUCAGGUGGUCUUUUAUUGCAAUGAUUUUUGUUCAAUAAAGAUAUUAUAAUGCUUCUCCGAGCCUGACACGAAUGAGUAAAAUUUCAUCCCCAGAUAUGAUAAAAACACCCCCUCCAUCAAGUGAAUCCCAGUUAUAUGAGGUGGAUAUCAGGGGGAUUUUUCGUUGAGAAGCACUUGACCCAGGGGACUUUGUCUUAUUAAAUUCCCUCACUCCUGGGGGAAAUCCUCAACUUUGCUCCACCCAUUUUACAAUCCCCCUGGUUGGCCAGGAGGUUUACCUCCAGGGCAAGCCGAUGGCAUGUGCAUAACAUCAGAAAAUUGGAUCUUAAUAUGCUAUUAGGAGACAAUAAUUGCUCAAACUGCUCCCUCUCCAGUUCUUAAUUUAAUAUCAUUAUGGACACAUUUGUAAAAUAUUGUUCUCCCGAAAUUCUUAUUUGCACAUACCGUAUAUAGUUUUUGUUAAGUUCUUAUUUCUUAACAUUCUGGUUUUUCAUCUUUAAUUAAUUUAUUUAUUAAUUUAUUUAUUUAUUUAUUCUUUUUAUCAUCAUCAUCAACAACAUUGCAGUACCCUCCGAUUUUCCCAUGACCAUUCCUCCGAACAUCUCUGAUGAUAGCAUCAAAAGAACUGCAUUCAUUUGCAAUUACCGCGCGUAAGUUUUGUCCAUGGGUGCAUGUGUUAGAGUUACUUUUCUUAUAUCCCAGCUGUCACUGACAGCACUGAGCUGACCAUACCGAUUUUCCAGCGUGUUUCUGUCAGCUUUUAAUCGUCAACAUAAUAUCCCUUAAGGCUAGUUUAAGGAAAGAAAAUAAACCUACCUCGCCGCUCAUUUUACAGAAAGACGUAUUUAUACUCUGGACACGCAACAUCGGUAGUUACGUUGCAGUUAUCCAACCAUAUAAUUACGGAAACCGCAAGUUACAAGGGCCACCAUCUUCAAAACCGAAUCUGCCAGGCGUCCUAACCCUCCCGCCGUCCUUUGCGCCGAAGACGCUCAGCUUAAAAUUACGAAGACUGUGGACUGCGGACUGACUGAGGAAAGGGGCUAAGAAACGCAAUAGGUAGCUCUAGAAAAGUAAAAAUGAGGUAAAAACUUUGUGGAUUACCGGUAGCAUGAAACGGGACGUCUAAUCUUGUUUUUCCCUUAUCUACAAAUAAUUAGCCCAGUUUUGUUAAAACUGUAUUCUGUACCCAGUCAGAGUUUUUUAUAACCAGUCCGUAGUCCGUAGACCGCAAUCCACAGUCCAUUUUGAUUUUACCCGUUUCCUGACUCCGCUCGUCCGAGUACGGUGAUCAUAUGUUAGUGUUAUGCUUUUGCAGUACUCAGCAUGUUAAAGGCAUGAGACUAGAAGGACUCUACACAACGCUUCAGCUUUUCGAUUUACUUGAAACUAGGAUCGUAAACGACCUUUGAGUUUGGUGUUGAUGUGUGUUUGUCGCGAUUGAUCAUUCAGCGAGCCUACCAAAUUCUACGUUCACCAAACGGAGCUGCGAGUCGAAACAAAAGGUAAGUUUGAAUUACAGCCAUAACCUUUGCUUCAAUAAGGGGCACCCAACGAGAAUAUAACUCAAAACCAAUUUAAACAUAGCAUUGUUAAACGUAUUUUAGUAUUUAAACGGUAGAUAUAGGCAUAUUUUUAUCCCCUAAAAAUUUUCGUCUGUUCGGAGUCUAGUGAUCCGAAAAUUAUGGGGAUUAAAACUUACCUUUUCGAAAAUUUCAGCCAGAACAAAGACUCCCGAAAAUUCUAGGUGACUUUUAUAGGGUAAAAAUCCGUUAUAAAUGGGCAAUUAUACCAUUUGUUAGAUCUUUGAAAAUCCUAGGAGAGGCAGGCAAGCAAGAAAUUUUACAAAAAAUGUUCCGAAGGCUAGAUCUCAAAUCGUCUUCCAAACAGAUAUUUUCCGAAGAUUGACGUUGGGUGCCCCUGUUCAAUGCUAGUCCCCGUUAUCCCGUUUGUUUAAAUCUAGUUGAACUUUCCAUCAAAACUCACUCUUAGUAUUAAUAUUACGCCGGUAUAUGCCUGAUACUUCAGUUACAGAGUCUGAUUGUAGUGUGACUGGCUCUCAACAUAAUACAUGAUCUCUAUGAGACUCUACCGAUCCGCUCACCAAUGGAAGGAAUGGCAAAUUUGCCAGUGGCGUAUAUUUGAUUCUCGUGUGUUGUCGACGUGUCUUGCAUUUGGUUGAGCGAGAUAAUUGAUUCAGUAGGUGAGUUCACCCGGCGUUGGCGAUAAGCUCGUUCGGAUGAUCGUUAAACGAAUGACCCUUCGCAAAAAUAAUGAAUUACUUUCAUAUUUGUGUCCCAUUAAGCGUAAUAAGCCCACUUCGGACGUCCAAAGACCCUCUUCACCCAUCUCCUCCCCCCUGGAUGCCUUUUGCUUUCCUUUGUUUUACCCUUGUUUCUUAAGUUUGCUUAUGGUUGAAUGAGUUAAUUUGUUACAUAUCGAUAUUUUAGAUUUUUAUGGCGGAAGUGUAUAUAUUUUUAUUGUUUUGCUUAUUGUAAAUAGGUUUUAAUUUGUAGCUUGUUAUGCACAUAUGAUCAUUUUUAUGAAUAUAAUUAUACCCGGAUUUUUGAAAACCGGGUUAGCAAAAAUAUCCACUAAUUCUACUAGUUGGCAAUUUAAAACAAGAAAACUCGUUCAAAGGCCAUUAAAAGCGUUUAUAUGACGCCAGGCAGUAAGUUAAUGGUCCCCAGAAGCAUUCCAACGAGUCCAAAUUUAAAAUGACGCAAAUUUUAGAACAUUUAUUCAGUAAUGUGACUUCGCGAAGUUUCAAACCGGUGUCAUUUCAGUCUAGAAAAUUUUAAGUUGAGUGAACUGUAGCGAAAGAGUGCCUAGUUAAGGCUUACAUAACAACUCAAAUAGCUAGCAAAACACAACUUUCUUCGCGGUCCGAUAAACAACAGGAUUUGGCAUGGACUAGACAACAAACUGAAUGAAACAGUGCACAAAUUAUCACCUUCUUAUCUGCCAAAAUCGGCCUAUAGUUCAAUGCCAAUAGAGCCCACUGAAACUAGACCUAGAUCCAGUUUUCCUAAGUCGAGAGUUGCUUUUACAAGGUACAAUCAGCUAAGCGAAACACCGACGAAACAGUAUUAAUAGCUGGCACAGAAAAUUUUGGCAAAACCGCAGUUCAACCACGCGAUCACAUACCUGUCAACACCAUGCGGAAAUCACACAAUCACACACUUUCGCGGUACCGAUAAGACUAUCCACAACCACGCAUAAUCUUCUCACGUUCAACAUAAGCGAAAUAUCAUCGAAUAACUCGGAAAAACUCAGCCUACUGGCAAAUAAACACCUCUGAACUUUUCUCUAACACUUGUCUUAUUCAAGUUCCCGGAUGUAGAGUCACACGGUCGGCGGAUCACCUUAGCCUUGUUUUCACACCAGAAAAAAAGCCUGGGUCAAAGUUCACUGGCAAUUUUGCUCUCACCUAAUUCAUUUGACUCCUAAGAGCCUGUUCCCGAGGCCAAAGACUUAGUGGUCCCCUUAGAAAAGCGAACAAUAUCGUACCUUUCUGUCUCAGCCCGGAUCAGGGUGAUUGAUCCGUUUAGCCAAAUGAAACGAGAAUAUAAUACGAUAUUGGACGAUGCAGACUCUGCGAAUCGUAAUAACUUUGUCCCAUCUCAGAGCUUUACAUGAUGCUCUCCGGGAAACUUUUCUCAAGGUGACCAAUGUAUAAAACAAAACUGCUAAACGCCACCGAAACCAGCUUGAGGCGCGCGCUGAUUUCUAAUAACUGUCACUUGUGUUAAAGAAAGAAUUCUGGGUAGGGAAAAAAGAUCAGGAGGGAAGGGGGGUGAGAUAGUAAUUCUGUCUACAUGCACUUCUACACAAAUCCCUAACCAGGAAACAAGCAAAUAAUAAAAAAAAACGACAUGACUGCAACACAGUAAACAUACGUCAAACUAUUAGACAGGCGAAGUUGAGAAAAAUUACAAAAUGUUUGCUAACCCGGUUUUCAUAACUCCAGGUAGAAUUAUUAUUCUCAUUGCCCAGUUUCAAACCGAGGAGGGCUGGGUACGAGUGGGAUAAACAACACGAGACCCACAUAGUCGGAAAGAGCCCAUUACAGUUAGGAAGAAAUAGGAAAAAAUCUUAAGGCAGUUGUCGAUCAGGCCAAUAUUAAACAAAAGAUAACUAUUUUUAAAUAGUUUUUAAAAAAAACUUGAAAAUUUAUAAGAGAUGUAUGGAUUGCCGGACACACCGUCUGGGUGUCUAUGUACUUCUUAGUAAAUUUUGGAGUUUUUGAAUGGCUGUAUCAUUAAAUGGUCUUAAAUAUAGGCCCAGUAAACACCAAACUUGAGAAUAUUGCUAAGCUCAAUGUAAGGUGCUCUUUCUGACCAUAUGGGCCUUGUGUUGUUUAUCCCAUAAUAAAGGGACUUGCACCUAGUCCCUUUCGGUUUGAAACUAGGCAAUACCUUUGUCCUUGAUUUAUGAAACUACAAAGUGUUAAAUAAAUGGUUAGUAAUGGCUAUUUACUAUGUCAUUCAGUAUAGCUGUUACCUUGUGAUAAGCAAGUCAUGGAAAAGGACAUUUCUGUCGAGAAUCCCAGAGAGAACAAUGAAAGCGAGCCAUUCUUAAAAGAUGCUUCAGUUCAGAAUCCGAGUGUGAAAAUUAAAAGCAAGCCAGUUGCAGGAGACUUUUCAUCAGAAAAUCCAAUGGAGAAAGCAGGAUUCUUUUCACUGUUAACUUUCUCCUGGAUGAGCAGUAUUCUUAAGUAUGGCAGUAAGCAUCCUUUGGAAGAGAAACACCUUUUCCCGUUGGAAACCCAUUUUCAGGCAGAAGGACUUGCGGAUGCCCUAGAAAGAGAGUGGUUGUCAGAAAUGCGGUCGUCCGAACAGAACAGAAAAAAACCUCGUCUUUGGAGAGCCAUGUUCAAGAUUUUUCCAUUCAGGGAGUACAUCGUUGUGGCGAUAUUGAGAAUAUUUUACUCAUUUUCAAUGAACCUUCUUCCCUUGGCUCUUUGGUUCUUCUUGAAAAACAUUUCUACAAGCGCCGGAACGACAAAUUACUCUUCCACUUUGCCAUUCAUGUUCAGCAUAACCGUGAUCUCGUUGGCACGGUCUUUAUUCAUCACCCACGGAGCAUUCAAGGUUGAAAUGAUGGGUUAUAGAUUAAAAGUUGCAGUGAUCGGGCUGAUUUAUAAAAAGGUAUUGUAACGACUUAAAUAUACCGACAAGAAAAUAUUACAUCGAACACCUCUCUUAUGAAUAGGUCCCUAUGUUCUGACGGAAUUAUGUACGCGUUAUUGAUCAAGCUUCAGGUGGCUCCGCCGGGUACAACCUAAGUUCUUUUUUUGCGUUUUUAGAGACGAGAUCGAUGUCAAAAAGAAACGCAAAAAAAGGACAUGUCCAAUUUCCAGCCAUCUUGAGCGAACAAGCUUAGUUAAUAAGGGUUUAGUUAUUUAUUUAUUUGUUUAUUUAUUUUUCCUUGCGAUACCAAAGCGAAAAAUCGCGAGAGGGCAUUAUUAGAAUAAUACUCAACUGACUUUCAAUAGAGCGUUUUCACGCACGUGGCCAGUGGCUAUAAAUGUAAAUUUUUUGGAAUUAAAGAAAGCGUUAAAGUAAGACACGAUUUGAACAACCACGGGACUGGUUUGGGACACCAAGACCGCCAACAUGGCCACCGUGUUACUGUUUUGGGAUACCAACAAGAAGGACGUGACGUCAUGCGAAAAGGGUCUCUUUGUGACUCGGACUAUUUCUGGUAUUGACCUGCAGCUUUCUAAUACAACUGGUAUUCUGCAAAAAGAAAAUGUGUGGUUUGUUGAUGUUGAAGUACAACAUGAGACACGGUUCCCUUUUUUCUUGUUUUAAAAACGCUGUAAAUGUGGUAGUUUGGCACGUCACGUCACCAGUCAGUUACGCAAUUCCUUAGUGGUGGACCCCCACUUCCCCAAGAAAAUUUCUGGAUCCGCCCCUGCGCGUGUAUGCCACGCUGUUUUUUCCUGCAGUUUUGUGACCGGAGGAUCUCCCCUAUAGAAAUAAUUGGGUGCUUGGUGUGACUUGUAAGGGGCUGAAUUUGUGAAUUGGUAACUUUUAGAUUGACCAAAUUCAAUUGACCGCCGUUGCAGAUGUCCUGAUACCUUUUAGGGGUCUUCUAGGUAUCGAGCCAAAAAGCCGGACGGGAACUAUUUGUUACUCAACUGAUUCCAACUUUUUCAUUUGGGUCAAAAUGAAUUCGCUAAAUCCACAUUCUUUUCAGGGGGUUCCAAAAGGCGAUGAGCACCCCUGUCAUUUUUGAAGGCAAAUACCCCCAGGAUUUUAUGUUAUGGUAUGGGGUGUAUGGUUUGGAGAGUUUUGUCCUAGCAAGAUUACAUGAUACAAAUGAAAUAACCCUUUACCAAGGGAUUCUUAGAAUCAAUUUGCAUCGUAUAACAAUAGAUAACAGCGUAUCACGGACAAUUUAAAUACGUGGUGGUUGUUGUCUUCGUUGUUAUGUGAUCAUUCUAAGCGGUUAUAGAAAUUUAAGUUUUUAAGGGAUUCUAAACCUUUCUUUUGCGAUAACCUGAGGCGACGCUCUAAAAAUUUAGCUUUUAGGGAAUUCCCGUUUAUCUUUUCAGAGUAUCCCGUCACACAAAAAGGGUCAGUUUGCGUUCUGUGGUAUAUUAAUGAAUCGACAUGAAAAAUUCUCCGAUAUACAGCUAUUUCGAAAAAGGUUGUCGGAAAAAGUGCCCGCGACAAUCCCGAAAGGUAUUGUGGGUCGUUUUUGAGAUCACUGUUCUUCAUAGAAAUUUUGAAAGAAUGGUACGAGAGGCCAUGGACUAUGUUUCCGAGUGCUAAAGCGAAGCAGCAAAAGUAGGUUCGAUAGCUACAGUGUCAGAAACAGCGUAUUGAUCAUAUCCCAUAUUACCUUUCGGGAUUGUCGCGUGCACUUUUUUCCGACAACCUUUCUCGAAAUAGCUGUAUGCAUAACCCAUCAACAUUACUAACUGCACGUGUUAUACUUAAAGUAAGGAAUUAAAGUUUAUGCUCUCUCUUUUUCAGAUUCUGGAGCUUAAAAGGUGCACCUUAGAAAAUGAGAUUUCCGAAAACGUCAUCACUCUCGCUUCCAACGAUGCCCAGGCAAUUGGGGACUUGGGCUAUCACGCCCAGGGUGCCCUAUUUGUUGCUUUGGACAUUGUCGUCGCUUUGUUGCUUUUAUGGUAUUUAGUCUCCUGGCAAGCUUUAAUAGGCGUUGUUUUUCUGGUCUUUGUUUCUGUCUAUAAUUCACUUGCAGCUAAAAAGUCCGGAAAAAUUCGCAAGAAAGUUGCAGCACAGACGGAUAAAAGGUUGGAGAUGAUGAAAGAGAUUGUUUCUGGAAUCCGGGUGGUGAAAAUGUACGCCUGGGAAUGGAACUUCAGGGAUCUGGUGGCACAAAUAAGACGGUUUGUACACAUACCUUUCCUGUGCUGUUCCUUUCUCUCAUUUUGAGUGUUGCAUAAGCGUAAUAUCGUAAGCUGAAAUAUAUUUCCGGCUCUAUCUCUUAUAAACUAACAACGGUGAUGGAUCAUCCACAGAAAAGGUCACCGGUUAAGGAGUCAUUACUAGCUGAGCUAUAGUUUACAUUCCACGUCCUUAACUUUUCCUUAUAAUUUUAAAUAGUUAUUACAAUGAACUUCAAGUUACGUCGCAUUGCUCCCUGUCUCUGGGGACGUGGGUGGCUAUAUUGGUAGGCUAGUAUGUUUUCGGUUUUAUUUUGAAUAUGGGAAAUCUUUUUUGCAGGAAAGAGAUUUCUCUCAUUCGGAUUCGAGGAUUCUUCCUCUCAAGUGUCUACGCCUUGUUCUUUACUGGCCAUGCUGUUACUGGUUUCAUCUCAGUCGUGGUACUGCUUCUGACUGGACACUUCUUGACAUCUUUCAAAGUGUUCACGUUGCUUUCUGUCUUAGCAAACAUUAAAUUCUUCGUAACUGUCUAUCUUGGAGAAUGUUUACACCGUCUCGCAGACGCGAGAACUGCUUGGAAUAGAAUACAGCCGUUACUUGAAAAGAAAACACUUUUAGGAAGCGAUCGCAAAUCACAAUGCAAAAGGGCAGAGGACUUUAAGCCUGGGCAAAUUGCCGUCAAAAGUGAUCAGAAACUUGAAGAAACAUCAGAAAUUGCUCAGCCACAAGUUGUUCUUGAAAACGUUUCCAGCGUAUGGAACGAUUCGUCAGAUCGUCCAGCAUUACAAAACGUUUCAUUGCACGCUACCAGUGGGCAACUUGUUGGAAUAACUGGACCAGUUGGGAGUGGCAAAACGUCUUUAUUGAUGACCAUUUUAGAAGAACUUCCAAUAUCAUCUGGUCAGAGUUCUUGUAUUGGCAAAAUGGCUUACGUCUCCCAGACACCUUGGGUGUAUUCUGGUACCGUGAGAGAGAAUAUAGUCUUUGGUAUGCCGUUCGUCGAAGAAAAGUACUUCAAAAUUGUGGAAGUCUGUGACCUGGCUAAAGAUCUAUCAAGCUUCCCGAAAGGCGAUCUAACUGAGAUUGGACAACGUGGUGUAAUCUUAAGUGGCGGUCAGCGUGCACGAGUGAGUCUGGCACGUGCUCUUUACUCAGACGCAGACAUUUAUUUGUUGGAUGAUCCACUCAGUGCAGUGGAUGCUAAAGUCGGCAAACAUUUGUUUGAUAGAUGCAUCAAAGAGUUCUUAGCUGGGCGAGUUCGUAUUCUGGUCACUCAUCAGCUGCAAUUUCUCCAACAUGCAGAACACGUUGUUAUCCUUCAAAAUGGUUCCGUUCAGUACCAAGGUAGCUACUCUCAAAUCGAUCAGAAGAAGCUGGGUUAUGAUUUUAUGGUAUCUCAAGGAAAACAAGAAGAAGGUGAAAAUAGUACAAUUACAGGUCUCGGUGAAGACAAAAGGGUCAGGAAAGCAAGUUCUGUUGACGAAUUUCAGGAAAGAGUAGAUCUGGCAGAAGAGGAAGAAGACAGAAUGGUGGGAACUGUCAAGUGGCAGUUGUAUUGGAAGUACUUUAGGGCUGCCCUUCCAGUUACUUUGAUUGUGGCCCUUGCUGUGUUUUUCGCUAUUGUACAAGGUUAGUAAAUCAAAAUCAACGUUCAGCUGUCAAAGUUAAAAAAAAAUAGGCGGGUACAGUUAAAAGGACACCUUGAGGCAGCCAAUGCCGUUCUUUGAUACUUUUCUCAGACCUUCUUUUAGGCGGAAACCUCUUUACGAUGCACACUCAGUAAAGGUUCUGACGGUAUCCAGGCUUAAAUGGCCAGAAGUUGCGUGACGGCAAAGGAAGCUUUUUUUCCUUUGGAGUAACUUUUUUACCGCGGGACCGCUUUUGGAGCUUUCUCCUUUUCUGAAAAUUUUACGGAUGUAUUAUAAAUGUUUUAAAAGCUUUCAUACGGUUACAAGAGACUAAUCUGGCUAUAAUUUUCGUGAUCAACAAUCACACAACUGCAACGUUUCAAAUUGGCAGAGGUAGGCGAUAAUUCAUCAUCCAUCUGUGAAUGAUCGGUGAGAGAACCUCUUUUCUGAAGUUAAUAGACCUGUUCAUGUUUGUACAGUAUCAUAAAGGUAUUUUGUUAGUGCUUUUUGAUCUCCCACAUAGAAAAAAAACUAAAAUAAAGGCAUAUUUUUGCCUUGUUUUCUAUCACACAAACGGUUAACUUUGGACCAACUUUUUUAACAAAUCACAUGUUGAAAAAUACGUUCCAGCAUCUUUAGGCAGCUUAUGGGAGCAAUUUUUUAAAGAAGUUUGGAGAAAUUUGUUGCUUUCCCUAGUGGUGUCCAUCGUAGCCAUGAGUUAAUUGUACUUAGUAUUCGCUCACUUCCAUUCAGGGAUAUUCCCAAAAGAUCCUCUUCUGCUCUUCGGCCGGGAGGAAAAUUUACUCGUGUUUAGUUUCUGUCGACAUAAAUUAAUUUGACUGAAGCCUGGUAUUUGAGAUUUAUUGAUAAAGAUUUUUUCUUGCAGUUGCGUGGAUCGCGCCCUAUUGGUGGCUUUCAUUAAUGACGGAAAUGUCUUAUCAAGAACAGAAGAACUACGUCACACUUCUGAUAUAUGGAUCCAUUGUCAUGUUUUCUUUGCUUCUUACACUUGCAUCCUCUUUUUGCUUUUACCUUGCCACUUUAAAAGCGUCAGAAAAUCUCCACGAGCGGAUGACCAAAGCAGUUAUCCAGGCACCUGUCCUGUUCUUUGACACAAAUCCAGUUGGUCGCAUCUUAAAUCGUUUCUCUAAAGACAUCGGUAAUAUGGAUGACUCUCUUCCAUCUCAGUUUCUUUUCGCAGUCCAGCUGUGUCUAUAUUUCUUUAGCGCCACAAUUCUUUCAGCAGUCGUUAAUGUGUGGUUGUUAAUUACUUGUGCCCCGUUGACGCUCUUGUUCAUGUAUCUUGCAAAAUACUACUUGAAUUCCUCUCGGGAAAUCAGGAGGCUAGAAUCAAUAUCAUGCAGUCCACUUUACUCCCUUAUUGCUGAUACCGUGGCAGGAAUGGAGGUGAUUCGCUCAUCAGGGAUGGAAAGUGAUUUUCUUCAACAAUUUUACAAGUUAGUAGAAACUUCGAAAAUUCAUUCGUCUGUGUUUCUUUCUGUCUGCCCGUUCUAAGUUUUGUGUGAAAGAUUUUAAAAAUGUUCAAAAGGGAAAUUUUCUUGGAAACAUUGUCCUUUGCUUCACCUUUUUUUCCCCGUCGUUCUCUGGUUUGUCGGAUCUCGAACGUUUAGUUGUUGUUUAUUAAAUGACUUUUGCAUGAGUUCGGGACUCUCUGUUUUUGUAGUACGAAAAGAUAUGCUUAUCAAGCCUCAUACAUUUAUAUAGCUACAGUUGCAUCUAGCUACAGGUCCAUUUAAAGCGGAGCUCUCGCGCGCGCAGCGCGCAGCGGAGCACCAUGGGUAAAAAAAUGUGGUAAACUACCCAUCCGAGAAAAUUUGGUAAUCACGUGACCGUACACCGACCGUCCGUCCGUCUGCACCACAGGUAUACCAAUGUCAAAUAAUUCAAUCAACAGGUAUGGCAACCCAAAUGCAACGGAAAGAAAUCGCAUGGCCGCCCGUACUUUUAGAAAGAAAAAACAACAACAACGUCGUGUCACUUUUGCGACGUUAUUUUUGAUGUUUACACUCACGUGGAUAACAGAGAAAGAGCUAGAGCGAGUGAUUGAAAACAAAAGAGACGAAUUUUGUAGGAAGAAAAACAUGAAAAUUCAAAGCGGCUGUGAGACAAUGAGAAAUGCUAGCGGCCAGCAAAGUGAAAAUGUGCGGCAGUGAAAAAUAUAAGCGAACAUGAACCGCACAGGAGACAAUUCCUCCAUAAAAAUAAUGGGUAACAAGGAAGUUUGACGUUUUAGUCCUACAAAACAGCGUUGUAGUUAUGCAAAACAACGGCAAAGAAAGACAAAAAGCGUGCUGCACGUGCAAAUUUGUUUUUUUGCUAAUUAGAAAAAAAGUGGGCUGCACGUGCAAUUUGUUUUUUUGCUAAUUAGAUCUAUUGAUCUUGAUGCCAUUUUCAUUGCCCUCCCCGUUUAGCAUUACACGAUUUAAUUUUUUUUUGUUUUCAAGUAUUAUUAACCAGAGCUUCGCUUUUAGCUCUGGCUAAAUCUAUAUAUUAACUCACUAUUCCAUUGAUCGUAAGCUGCAAGGCAGCACUUGAUUACACAAACAAUCUGGUAAAGUCCUUGACUGAGGGGACUGAAAGAAAUGUAAAUGAUUCUUCAACAAAUCAGUACAGACCUUAUUACUACGACGUUUUGCAGGUACCAGGACAAAAACACAUCAGCCAUGAUAAUGAGGAACGCAGCAACACAAUGGCUAGGUUUACGAGGAGACCUACUAAGUAUCUUUCUAGUAACCUCCGUGUCAGCUGGAGCUUUACUUGCAACACAAAGCCUAGGUAGGUGUUUUAUUGACAUGUAAGACGUUUCCCCUUAAGGAUUCGAACCUAUGACCUUCUGGUUACAAGCCUAGAUGCCCGAUCACUUUACCUACAGGAAACUGGUGGGAGCUAAGGCACUGCGACUCAUGAAAGUGUUUAACCUCUCGAGAACACAAAACGUUUCCUAGGGUAAAGGGGCCGACCAUUUAACUCUUGAGGGUGGGGGUGGGUGAUUUCUGGUCAUCAAGAGUUUUUUUUUUCUAGCAUCAUGGUGGGCAGGAUAUUUUUUUCCCUUUUUUUCCCUUAAGCUCUUUAUUACAUUUGUGCUGCAUGCAAUUUUUUUCUUCCGACAAGCGCUUGCAGGAAAUUUUUUUUCAAAAUCACCCACCCCCCCGCCCCCUCAAGAGUUAAAUGGUCGGCCCCUUAGGUGGUAAUACCCUCUGACAGCUUUGCGGCGGUGCGUGUGAUGAUCACGGACUUAGUUUGGAAGCAAGCAUGUGCCAUUUUUGUUGCGAAAGAACUGAUGUCUAAAGAUUAUAAACUUUACCCUUUCAGCGUUAGCAGGCAUGUCCCUGACUUAUGCAUUGGAUACUUUGGAAGCCUCGCAAUAUGGCAUCAGUGUGGCAUCAGAGACAGAAAAUCACAUGACCUCAGUGGAAAGAGUAUUCACCUACACUAAAAUCGAUCCAGAGCCGGGGUACCAUACAGACACCCAGCCUCCAAAACAAUGGCCAAAAGCAGGCUCUUUGACAUUAGGUGACUUGUCAUUAACAUAUCUUGAAGGGGCUCCAAGAACUCUGAAAAACAUAAACGUUGACAUUGCUGCUAAGGAGAAAGUUGGUAUAGUAGGUCGCACGGGUGCAGGAAAAUCGUCUUUGCUGGCUGCCUUAUUUCGUAUGCCAGAGCCUGAAGGAAGUGUGAGUAUAGCUUAUUUUGUUUUAUUGACCUCUCUAAGAAUGGCGGGGACCCCACAACAACCUGGGCCAAUUUUCUCCAAAUAACCUUUGAGAAGAAAGGCCACGACACCAGCAUCUACGUCACCAACUCUUUUCGAACAGAAACCUCGGUUCUUUAACGCUUUCGCCUUCUAAUUGACAAGGAAGGAUAAAGAAGACGAGGCUAAAGGCUCAAGGGUCAUCGGAACUGAGUCAAGGUCUCAAUCACCACCAGUUGACUUUGGGCAGUUUUUUAAUUCAUGGUUUGUGGUGCGGCUGGGGUUUGGGCGGAGAUCUUCCGCUUAGCACUAGCCUACCAACUGAGCUGACCGGGUGGCGGUUAAUUUUAUUCUUGAUUAUUCUUUCUCAAUUGACACCUCCAGUAAGGUUCUCUGCAGGAACUAGUCGCCUGUCCCCACCCAAGUGCCCUGUCAACAGACUUAUUUCUGAGUCCGUGCUGGAGUGUGAUAGACGUUUUUCCAGCAAAAUGUAUGUUAGGUCAGCCUCAAACUCUCAGGGACUUUAACCCUUUCAAAGGCAGAUUGACUGAUAGAAUCCCGUAAGGUGGUUCUUACUAUUGAUUUUGUGGACAAACUCCUGUGGUGUCACCAUUCGAAUUAAGCAUCUCUGGCGGUACUUUCCUAUGGUGCUAUUUGUUUUUGAGCAGAUUUUUACCACUUUCGGGAUUUGAAGGGUGAGAGGGAAAGACUCAUUGAUCGCGAUUUAAGAAAGGCUUUUGAGUAGAAGCCUUAUGAACACCCUCAGUUCUAACUCACGUAAAUGUUUCUAUCAAUACAGGUAAUCAUAGAUGGUGUUAACAUCAGAGAUCUCAAUCUACAGGCGGCUCGAAGGUCUAUGGCCGUAAUAACGCAGGAUCCUGUCCUCUUCAGCGGAAGCCUCAGAAGAAACCUAGAUCCGUUCUCUUUGUACAAGGAUCACGAUCUCUGGAGUGCUUUGGAAGAAGUUCAGUUAGAUACUCUGGUUCAGAAAUUACCUGAGCAGCUAGGUUACAAGUUGAGGGAGUCAGGGAGCAACUUCAGUGUGGGUGAGCGCCAACUGGUCUGUUUAGCACGUGCACUGUUGCAGAAAAGCAAGAUUAUAAUACUGGACGAGGCCACUGCCAAUGUGGAUUACAAAACAGACCGUCUGAUUCAAGAAGUUAUACGUAACAGACUUAAAGAUUCUACCGUAAUAACCAUCGCCCAUCGCUUGAACACCAUCAUGGACUAUGAUAAAGUAUUGGUUAUGGAUCAGGGACGGAUGGUGGAGUUUGACAAACCCGAAACUUUGCUUCAGAACAGCGAUGGAUAUUUUUCCCGCCUCGUAGAAACUCACAACAUGGCCACGGCUGAAUAA